GAUAGGUUGUUUUUGAAAAUUUUCCCUAAGAAUUAGGUUAGGCAAUAGGCACACGACACGGCACACCCUCUCCAUUGUCUAGAAGUUGUAUUUGCCGGUUGUCUUUGACCUUGACAAUUGACAAUUGACAAUUCUCAUCUUAGCACUAUUAAAACAUACAAAUUCUCAUGUCUUUCUUAACCUCCUUCAUCAAUGGCGACGAUCUACAGCUGCAAAGAGUGCAGGACUAACCUUAAUUUAGCGACAAAUCACCUCUUUCCUUCCGAUUUUUACUUCGAAGCUGGUAACAAGAACUCUAUAUCUUUCUCAUGGAUUGAUCAAUCGAAGUUCAAAUUCGAAAAAGAAGACAAAAUCAGACCCUUUUUUGAAACCCUAAAUUACUGGGGAAUUCAAAGGAACAGGACCAAGAUUAAGUGCAAUAAUUGUGGAAAAAUUGUGGGUUAUGUCUAUGAUGAUGGUCCUCCUAUGGUUGAUACUCUUGGUCAAUUCCAUUUCGGGCCCAGCCAAGUUAUUCCUAGAAAUCCAAGGUUUAGAUUCAAGUCCAAGGCCCUUCUUCUUUCUUCUGAUUCUUAAUUUUUUUUUGUCGAUGUUGUAAAAUAUUUGUGAAAUUGUCUAAUUUUGUAACCUUUUCUUUGGUUGAUUUUUGUUGAUAGAUACUGGCAUACUGAUCUAUAUUGUGAAUAUAUGGGAUUGGGUUUUAGCUACUAAUUGAGAUUCA